CCUUUAUCCUAUCCUCUUUUCUUGAACUUAUUGAACUUGUUUAUUAUAUAGCAUCAUUCAUCAUCAUCCUUUCUUAUAUGCCUUUACUUUUAUAGUAUAAAAUAUGAAUCAAACCAUAGAUUCCUUUACCAAUUUUGAUCCCUCACACAUAAAUCAUCAUCAUCAUUAUGAAAAUCAUCAUCAAACCUAUCGUCAUCGCCAUCAUCGAAAUUCUCUUCCCACAAUACUUCCUUAUGGUGUGAUACCUUCAUACAAUAAGAAACGAAGAAAAACAGCACCUGCAUUGACACAAGAAUCAUCCGCAACGGCCCCUUACCCCUUUUUUCAGUUAGCACUCUCAUCUUCCCCCUCUUUCUUUACGUCAUUAGCUAACAAGUGGUUUUCAAGUAAAAAAGAUACAUAUCCUUCAAAACAUACCGAAACUGCAGGAAAUAGGAUGAACUCACCUGUUGGAUUCAUGCCCUCACAACCAUCUACGAAAACAGCAUAUUUAUCUCCUAUUAAAGUAACAGCACCCAUUCAAUCGCACGAUAGUUUUUCUUACUCAUCAUCACCGCCAUCUUUAGAUUCAUCAAGUUAUAGUUCAAGCAGUAGUAGUGAUACAAAUGAUUCUGUAUUCGACGAUCCUUCAGAAACAACAUACGAUCAACAACAAUAUUAUUAUUAUUCUCCAACCUAUUAUGAUAAUAGUAUCAAUAGUGCUACAGCAUCUACCUUAUCCGGUCUAUUGUGUGAACAUUACGUACAAUCACAAUUGAUGAUGAUGAUGUCCUCAACAGAUACUAAAAAUGAUAAUGAUGAUGACGAUGAUGAUGAUGAUGAUGAUGAUGGAAAACAGGAUACAGACGAAGAGGAUGGUUGUCCUAUUUUAACACCUACAUCCACCAAUACAAGUAUCGAAUCGUCUUUUCUUAACAAUGAUAUGGAUUACAAUUUUGACAACAAUAAUGAUCGAACGCUAAUGGAUGGGUCAAAUGAUGCAGCUUGUUUUCCCAUUGACGUGCCUUUAGCAACAUUUCGAGUCUUUCAAGCACCGAAUGAUGAUGAUGACGAUGAUGCAGUGGCAUGUGAUGACGAUCUAUUAAAACAGCAUGAUAUGAUCAAAAAUGAUAAGUCACUGGAAAGUCGAGAAACUUUAUUAGAAAAUAGUUGGGCUAACUGGCAAAAAGCAUGGCAAGGUAAACACUGGAUUUUAUCCAUGUCUGAAGGUGAACAACAAGAAGAUUGUAUACCCAAUAAUAACAAUAGUAAUAAUAAUAAUAAACAAGUCGAUUUAUCAAGUCCUAAACGUCAGAUGAUACGUGGUAGAGAACCUCGAAUGAAUUCUGCUCAUCUUCGAAUGCUUGUGGCCGAAGUCAAUAUGAUGCGUGCGGAUAAAAUCAUUGGUCCCUUACGUCCUAGAAAUUAUCUUCCUAAACGUUCCGAUCCUUUUCUUGAUACUUCUCCCUCUAGUCCUCUUUGUUAUGUUCAAACUAUUGUUUAA